AUGUGGCGGUCAUUCUUUUGUGCUCUUGUUGCUGGGAUCAUUCUACGAAUUGUAAAUCCAUUCGGCAGUGAUCAGACAUCGCUCUUCCAUGUCGACUAUAUGAUGAAAUGGACAUUUGUGGAGCUUAUCCCUUUUGCUGGUUUAGGCCUUUUUGGAGGAAUACUUGGAAGUCUGUUCAUUUUUGGUAAUAUAAGAUGGUCUCGCUUCCGAAAAACAUCGAAAACUCUCGGUGGCAAUCCAAUUUACGAAGUCAUAGUUGUAACUUUUCUCACUGCUGCUAUCUCAUACUUCAAUCCAUACAUGAGGAAGAGUGCUUCGAGCAUGAUUAAACAGGUUCGUAAAGUUUUUACACUGGCAAAGCUCAACUAUCAAAAAUACGUCUUGCUUGACGCAGUUUAUAGGGUUUUUUCGACUGUUUUCAUACAGUGCACUCGUCUUUCUUUUGUUUUGUGUGUAUCCAGCAUGCUGGAUGGUCAUCCUGAGGGUAACCUGACAGAGGCGGAUUAA